ACCAGCCUUUAGACCAAUCUUUAGAUCAGUCUUUAGACCAAUCUUUAGAUCAGUCUUUAGACCAAUCUUUAGAUCGGUCUUUAGACCAAUCUUUAGAUCAGUCUUUAGACCAAUCUUUAGACCGGUCUUUAGACCAAUCUUUAGAUCGGUCCUUAGAUCAAUAUUUAUACUGA